CCACGGCGAUGGCUACCAAGUGAAGUCAAACUUGGUUCGUCCCGCUCGAAUUGCGAAGGGGUCGCGGCGCGCGGCGGUGCUGAGCGCGGCGUUUAUGGCGCUGUACGAGCUCUUCUCUCACCCCGCGGAGCGCCGCUACCGCGCGGGGCUCUGCUCCAAGGCCGCAGUGUUCCUGCUGGUGGCGGCCGCGCUCACGUACAUCCCGCCGCUGCUGGUGGCCUUCCGGAGUCACGGCUUUUGGCUGAAACGGAGCAGCUACGAGGAGCAGCCGACCGUGCGCUUCCGGCACCAGGUGCUGCUCGUGGCCUUGCUGGGACCCGAGCGCGGCGGGUUCCUCGCCUGGAGCACGUUCUCUGCUUUCAACCGGCUGCAGGGCGAUCACCUGCGCGUCCCGUUCGUAUCGUCUAGAGAAGAAGACAGGAACCAGGAUGGGAAGAUGGACGUGCUACGUUUCAGACUGGAGCUUCCCCUGCAGUCCACGGAGCACGUCCUCGGCGUGCAGCUGAUCUUGACUUUCUCCUACCAGUUGCACAGGAUGUCAACAUUCGUGAUGCAAAGCAUGGCGUUUCUCCAGUCCUCCUUUGCUGUUCCCGGGGCCCGGUUAUAUGUGAACGGAGACCUGAGGCUACAGCAGAAGCAGCCUCUAAGCUACAGGGGCCUGGACGUCCGGUACAACGUGUCUGUGAUCGAUGGGACCAGCCCUUUUGCCCAGGACUACGACCUCACGCGCAUUGUUGCAGCCUACGAGGAAAGGAAUGUCACCACCAUCCUGAGUGGCCCCACUCCCAUCUGGCUGGGGGGUAGGGCCGCUGAAGCUCCAUUUGUGAUUGAUGCUGUCAUCCGGUACCCCGUGGAAGUCAUUUCUUAUCAGCCAGGAUUCUGGGAGAUGAUAAAGUUCGCCUGGGUCCAGUACGUCAGUAUCCUGCUUAUCUUCCUCUGGGUGUUUGAGAGAAUCAAAAUAUUCGUAUUUCAGAAUCAGGUGGUGACCACAGUCCCCGUAGCAGCAGUGGCCCAGGGACAUACAUGUAAGGAACACUUAUCAUGAGAGGACCUGUACUGAAGACCCGCAGGCCCUUGGCCACCUGGCUCCUGUCUUCUGAGAACCGCCAUCGGACAGGCUUCCGAGAAGGGCCCAGUGGACACCUGCAGCUUGUGUGUUUCCCCCCUCAGAGACAAAGAGCCAUUCUUUCCCAUUUUGCUCUACGCUAACUCCGUAUCUGCCGAGUACCUGCGGAAUCAUCAGGACUAGUUUGUGGAAGGUCUGAGAGUUCCUACAAGCUGUAGUUGGUUUUUGCUUCCUCUUGUUUUUGUUUUCUGCCUUACACUUGAAUUCUAGGAGACAAUUAGAAUCAAUUUAGACGACUUGGAGACUGUCUCCUCUGGUCAAGCAAAACCUUUUCCUGUCUGGAACUGAGCAGCGCUAUGCAUCUCUUCCCGGGACUGUCAACCACGUUUUACUCUUUUCAGUACUCUCUUGUGAUAGAUAUGCAGAUCACUAGCACUUUCCACCCAUGCAGAGCUUUGAAUUCCAGGAUGGAGGCCUUCAGCUGGAGGACCGAAGCGAGCAGGACACAAGCACCAGAGCCGCUGGAGCAUGUGCGCGUGAGGCUAGGAGGCUUCAGGACACCAAGACUGUCCACCUGGCCUCAGUCUAACACAGUCGCCUGUCAUGAGCUCUGCUGGACGGCCUUUCUCCCCGUGCCACUGUGGCUGGCUCCGUGCCCUGCCUUUUGCCCUGUCUGCGCCCCUGGAACGGCAGGCUGAAGUCAGAGUGCUGCUUAUUCACUCCCCCAGCACGAGUGGGGGAAGUGAGGAUGGUCACAACAGGUUCUUUCUCUCUGGCCCUCACCCAACAGCCUGGACACUCGCCACUGCUCCUCCUCGACAGCCCUCCCCCUUCUGAAAAGGACACGAGUGACAGAGGAGCUGUUGUUGGCGUUGGCUCCCACUGCCUGACGACUGUGCAGUUUAUUUGGAAAGCUAGCGGGAAGCCCAGCUACUUGCAUUUCCCUUGUCUAAGGAACAGGGUGCCCAUCAGAGCAGGCAGCUUUUCUUUCUUUCUUUCUUUUUUUUUUUUUUAAAGCGAUUUUUGCCUCAGGGCACGUGCGCUUGCUUGCUGGAG